AUGGCACAAAAGACAAGACAAGCAAUGUACAAGAACGAAGCCACCAAGCAAGGUAACGCUGAAAGGCGCCCUGAUGAGUUGGAGGUGGUUGGCGAUGCAGAGGAGGUUGGAGUUGACGUUGAGGAAAAAGGCGACGUUCAGGGUUUUGACCCUUUUGUUAGGCGUUUCGAAGCUUACGUGAUCACAUCAUGUGGUUUCGGUCCGUUUUUUACCCUUUAUCACGUGGAUAAUGCUUACGUUGUCAAGAUAACCAAAGCUGCGAUGGCAUCCAAAGGAAUCAUUCACGGAUUGAUAUAUUACGAGUGCAGUGACGGCGCAGAGCGGGUCGAUACGCACAGUGGACCAGUUUAG